CACGAACCCGGGAACGUCCUGUUUUGCAAAGUGGGAUUCGGGGAACUCUGGAAGGUGGAUCCCCGGGAUCUGCUUCUCCCAGACCCAGAUGAUCCUCCGUAGGGAGGUUGUUGGGAGAGGAGAGCCGCGAUCCGCUGCAGGCUUUACGGUCAACCUAAAGGAAGUAUAGGUACAAAUUGAAAGUUAAAAAAAAGCGCCUCGCAACAACCGGGAAGAAGAACGGAGACUUGGGUGCAUUCAUUUUAAGGAAUCCUUGACUGAGGAAACUACAGUAAUACAGGAUCAAGGAUGGACUCAGGUUUGAUGGCACUUCUUCUCCCGCCAGUGAUGACAAUGGAGAAGAACAAGGAUUUCUAGGGAAAACACAGGUGGACCACUUAUUGGGCAUGUUAAAGAUUCCUGAGGCCCCAAACACAUUGUGUGCCUGAUCGUAAGGCAUGAAAAGAAUUAAGAAGAAAAGAUUUUGGGCAUCUUGCUUCUGCUUUAUGGCUUUCUUUUUUCUCCUGACCACUUUCCAGGUGGUUGUGGAACUGGGCAGGUCUAAACAGUUGACCUCAAAAAACUCAGUUUCCCAAAAGAAUGCUUUCAGAGAAGAUGAGUUCCAGAAAUACCCUCCUCUGUUUUUCAAAAGGCCAAAACUUGACCACAGUGCAGGGAAAAAGUUGCACAGAGGCACAUAUCCUGUCUUGCUCUGGUGGUCUCCACUCACAGGAGAAUCUGGACGGCAGGCUCAGUGUGGUGAGGAUGUUUGCUUCUUUACCAUCAACAGGACUUACCAACACAAUCCUUUGACUAAAGCCUUUCUGUUUUACGGUACGGAUUUCAGCAUACACAGCUUACCUCUGCCCCGUGCAGGCUACCAUGACUGGGCUCUUUUUCACGAGGAGUCCCCCAAAAACAACUACAAGCUUUUCCAGCCUCCUGCCAUCACUUUGUUCAACCACACAGCCACUUUCAGCCGCCACUCACACCUUCCGCUUACCACCCAGUACCUUGAAAGUAUUGAGGCCUUGAGGUCCCUGAGGUACACAGUUUCUCUGCAAAAAAAGAACAGCUUGAGGAAGAGACUUGCGCCACUGGUCUAUGUACAAUCUGAUUGUGACCCUCCCUCUGACAGAGACAGCUACGUAAAGGAGCUGAUGGCACACAUCGAAAUUGAUUCCUACGGGGCUUGUUUGCAUAAUAGAGACCUUCCAGACCAUCUCCGAAAUCCAUCCUCCAUGGACAGCGAUAGUUUUUACAACAUACUCGCUCAGUAUAAAUUCGUCCUGGCUUUUGAGAAUUCCGUCUGUGGCGAUUAUAUCACUGAAAAACUCUGGAGGCCACUAAAGCUGGGAGUCGUGCCUGUUUAUUAUGGCGCUCCCACUAUUCAAGACUGGCUUCCAAGCAACAAGAGUGCCAUUCUCGUCACAGAUUUUCCACACCCGAAGGACUUGGCUCAGUAUAUCAAGGGUUUGGAUGCGGAUGACAAGGAAUAUGCGGCCUACCUUGAAUGGAAGUUGAAAGGUGACAUUUCCAACAGGCAACUGCUUGCUGUCAUCAAAGAACGCACAUGGGGAGUGCAGGAUAUCAUGAAAGACAACUACAUAGAUGCCUUUGAGUGCAUGGUGUGCACCAGGGUAUGGGAAAAUAUCAAGAGACAAGCAAAGGGAAUGCCACCAAGAAGAUGGAAGGCAGAAGCAAACCAUCUGAGCUGCCCAAGUCCUGAAGGAUUUGUCUUUUCUCCUCUCAGUGUGCAGAGAUCUGUUCUUCAGGACGUGUGGAAAUCAAGCUUUGAACAAUCUAAGAGAGAAGCUCGUGCACUGCAGCAUCUGGUAGAAAGGAACAGGAAUUUCACAGCCCUGGAAUUUUGGACUCUGGUUUUUAGAGACUAGUUUAAAAAACAAGGAGUAUUCACCUCAAGAUUGGGGGGGGGGGGGGGAACUGCCACCAGAAAAAGCUAGUAACAAAAUCCAGUGUUCAGAAUAAAGUAGGAAGCACUUUUAAACCCCUGAAUGUAUGAAAAUGUGUAUUUAGUAACUAUUUAUCAUGACCUAUUUGGUCAUCUUGUAACAUAUAUUUUUACUGCUAAUAUUGAGACAUGUUUUUAACGUGUGUAGAUUAACACAAGAAUGUAA